UCGUACCCAUUCAGUUUGGGCCCCAGUUUAACAGAAAGAACAGCAGGCCCUGCUGGCCCAAAAGGGCAGUGGAUGGAGUGCGGCCCUGCUGGCCCAAAAGGGCGGCGGAUGGAGUGCGGCCCUGCUGGCCCAAAGGGCGGCGGAUGGUGUGCGGCCCUGCUGGCCCAAAGGGCGGCGGAUGGAGUGCGGCCCUGCUGGCCCAAAGGGCGGCGGAUGGAGUGCGGCCCUGCUGGCCCAAAGGGCGGCGGAUGGAGUGCGGCCCUGCUGGCCCAAAGGGCGGCGGAUGGAGUGCGGCCCUGCUGGCCCAAAAAGGGCGGCGGAUGGAGCGCGGCCCUGCUGGCCCAAAAGGGCGGCGGAUGGAGUGCGGCCCUGCUGGCCCAAAGGGCGCCCGAUGGAGUGCGGCCCCUGCUGGCCCAAAGGGCGGCGGAUGGAGUGCGGCCCUGCUGGCCCAAAAGGGCGGCGGAUGGAGUGCGGCCCUGCUGGCCCAAAAGGGCGGCGGAUGGAGUGCGGCCCUGCUGGCCCAAAAGGGCGGCGGAUGGAGUGCGGCCCUGCUGGCCCAAAGGGCGCGACCCUGCAAUGCUCCAUCUCACACCCACCCACCCCACCUACCCCCGUCACGUCAGCAGGGGCGACCGUGACCUAGUUCCCAUAACCCUUAACACCUACCCCUCCACGGAGGACCCACACAACCACGAACCGUAUCAGGUUCCGCAGGCUGAGCCAAGGUCCAGCAGCAACAAGUCCAUGACUGGAGUGCCAGAUGCUGAAGGAAGCUCCAUUCACACAUCCAGUCCUGGCCCGUAUGACACCAGCCUAAAUAUCACCAAGCUCCAGCCCAAAGGCUAG